AUGCUCCUGCCCAACAUGGAGGUGCCACGCCUUGGAUGCGCCGCCGUAUCCUUGCGCGGGCAGGCGAUCGUCUGUGGCGGUUCUGGCCGCCACGGGUCCUUGGCCAGCGUCGAGACUUACGAUGCUGCCGAGGGACAGUGGCAGGCUCUGCCUCCCAUGCGGGAUGCGCGCGAGCGAUUCGCGGCAGCCGUGGUGCAGGGCAGCAUUUACGUGUGCGGUGGCUGGUACUACACAGAAGCCGAGCCCAGCGCAAGGGUCCUGCGGUCGGUGGAGCGCUUUGACCCACGACUCGGCCGCUGGGAGGAUCUGGCGCCGAUGCCCCAGCGGCGCCACGGCUUGGCCGCCGGAGCACUCGGCUGCCAGCUCUGGGUCUGUGGAGGCAGCUACGGGCGGCAGGAUGUCCGCACUGUUGAAGUCUACGACGUGGACACCUUCGCCUGGGUUCAGAUGCCCUCGAUGCACAUGCCAAGGAACUGCGCAUCCAUGGCGUUCGUGCGGUUCUAG